AUGCCUGCAUUUGGUUCCUCUACCGGAAUUACAAUCACACCCAACGACGGUGACAGCUCUAUAGACGACGAGUACCAGGAUGCGCUACGUCGGCAUGGACUCGUUUUGAACGAGGCCGGCUUCGUUCGCUGGGAGAACAGUAACCCUAGGCAUCCGAGAAAUUGGAAUGCGAAGCUUAAGACCUACGGCACCAUCGUGAUUUUGUUGCUGGAGUUCAUCACCAGUGCCGUCGGCACGGCGGGCACUGCAGCCGCGCAGGAGAUGCGGAACGACUUCUCGGUCGGCCUCGGCCUGUCCAUCUUCUGUCUCACGUCGACGUACAUGAUCGGCCAGGGGAUUGGCGGUGUGUUUUUCCCGCCGUACUCGGAGAUCUGUGGCCGCAAGACCCUGUACAUCGGGUCGACCUUAGUGUACUGUGUCUUCUCGAUCAUCACGGCGGCCGUCCAUGCGCUUCCUGCCAUCAUCAUUGCGCGGUUCCUGUCCGGGCUGGCCUCGGCAGUGCCUACGAUCGUGGUGGCGGGGAGUAUGGAGGACAUGUACAAUAUGAAGGCGCGGGUGUGGAUGAUCUUCGUGUGGGCAGUGAUUGGGAACGCGGCUGUUUGCGUCGGUCCUAUCUACAGUGCCUAUGUCACCCAGAACAUGGGAUGGCGUUGGGUCUUCUACCUCGCAGCCAUCGGCCUCGGAAUUCUCCUGGGAUUCUGCCUGUUCCUGCACGAGACUCGCCCCAGUCUCCUGCUUGAACGCGAGGUGGCGAUUCUGCGAAAGUCACAGCCGGGCAGAGACAUCAAGCCUCUCAACCCCGACAAGACGCUGGACUUCAAGACCAUGGUCACGGUCACUUGCGUUAGACCGGUGCGACUCUUACUCACCGAGCCUAUCAUCAUGAUGGUGUCCUUCAUGGGUGCCGUCAUCUGUGCCCUUUUCUACCUCCAGGCCGAGUCGUUGCCCUUGGUCUACGAGGCCUACGGCUGGCCCACGGCCACGGCAUCGCUCGGUUUUAUCCCGGUCCUUCUGGGUUGCGGGAUGUCGACGUUCGUGCGUUUCUACGAUCAGCAUCAUCUGGAGAAGAUCGCGCGAAGCGGUCGAACUAUCGAACCCGAGGACAAACUGAUCGGGUUCGCCAUUGCGACGCCCUGUCUGGCCGGUGGCCUCUGGCUCUUCGCCUGGACCAUCCCACCCUUGACACAAGUCCACUGGAUGGUGCCCAUGGUCGCGCAGUUCUUCAUCGGCUUCGCGCUGAACGAGGGCGUGUACACGCUGACGGGGUAUCUCGCCGACAGCUACACGAUCUACGCGGCAUCGGGAUUUGCCGGCCUGAUCCUCGUGCGCGCGUCGACCUGCGCCGUCAUCCUGCCGUUCACGCACCCCAUGUACGUCAAUCUGGGCUUCAACGUGGCGACGUCGAUCCUGGCGGCCAUCGCCACGCUGUUCUGCGUGGCGCCGGUGGUCUUCAUCCGGUACGGCAAGCGGAUCCGCGAGGCCAGUAAAUUCGCGCGGCUGAGCCUGACGAUGUACCACGACAACAAGGUGGAAGAUGACGGGAUGGAUAAGGCAAAGGUGGACGAGAAAGUGGAUUAUGAAAAGUAG